GGUUCUGUCUGGCCCAGAGGGGACCUCAGGCUUCUUCUGAGCCUGGCAGUGGGUCCCAACUCCCAGACUUCUCCAGAGACUGGCCAGGCAGGGCCAACAGGCCCUUGGCACCACGGCCCUGGGACCUGGUGUCCUAGCUCUGUCCUAGCUUCGCCUGCUGCGUAACCAUGGCAACUGGGGGCAGGGGGUGGGCCCAGGUCUGCUGGAAGGCCUAGGGUUGUGGGAAGUCUUUGGAGAGACGUGGUCAGUGUUUCAAGGGGCGAAGGCCCCUUGUGGGUGGGCUGCAGACUCAGGGAAGGGCUGUGUGGCCAUCAAUGAGUGCUGGGCAGGCCAGGAGGACAGACUGACCCUGUGUGUCGCCCUCAAGUGAGGGGGGCCGGCAGACCCCAGGUCUCCGCUUCGCCCCCCAGGCCAGUAGCUGGGCCCUUGGCACCGAGAGACGGGUGACUCUCCAAGGCCCACCAACCAAGCCCUGGAGGCUCUCAGGAAUCAGAGUGCAUACAGGUGGUGGGGUUAGGCUGAGGCCCCUGAAAAUUCAUGCCUGGCCAUUCGGUCCUGGCCUCGGCGAUGCCUGCCUCCCUCCAUGUCACAGAGGAGGGAGCUGAGGCCCACAGAGGUGCCCACACGGCCCUGCCAGGCCGCUUCCCCCUCGAGGCUCCUCUCCAAGCCGCUGACCUGGGUGUCUGACCUCCUCCCGGCAGGGUGGGCGCCAGCGCCUGGUGGGCCCUCUGGAGCCCCGGGCAGUGUUGUGCGUGCCCAGCACAGGGAGGAGGGCUUCUGGGGGGCUGGGGCUCCGGGACGGUGGGUCGCUGAGGGUGCCCUCUCUCUCCGCGGCAGGCAUCUACAUCCUUAUUGCCGUGGGUGCCGUGAUGAUGUUCGUUGGAUUCCUGGGCUGCUACGGGGCCAUCCAGGAGUCCCAGUGCCUCCUGGGCACGUUCUUCACCUGCCUGGUGAUCCUCUUUGCCUGUGAGGUGGCCGCUGGCAUCUGGGGUUUUGUCAACAAGGACCAGAUCGCCAAAGACGUGAAGCAGUUCUAUGACCAGGCCUUACAGCAGGCCAUAGUGGACGACGAAGCCAACAAUGCCAAGGCCGUGGUGAAGACCUUCCAUGAGACGCUUAACUGCUGUGGCUCCAACACGCUGACCACACUGACCACCUCUGUGCUCAAGAACAGCCUGUGUCCCUCCGGUGGCAACGUCAUCACUAAUUUGUUCAAGGAGGACUGCCAUGGGAAGAUCGACGAGCUCUUCUCGGGGAAGCUGUACCUCAUCGGCAUCGCGGCCAUCGUGGUCGCUGUGAUCAUGAUCUUCGAGAUGAUCCUCAGCAUGGUGCUCUGCUGCGGCAUCCGGAACAGCUCAGUGUACUGAGCCUGCGGCCACUGAGGCCUCGGGGAGGGGCCUCGGGGACCCCAGCGGCGCCCCCCGGAGCGACCCGGACACUUCUGAGGAGGGGCCGUCGCCACCUGUGUAUAUAACCUCCUGGUAUCACUGCUACACUUAUCAGCUUUUUUACUUUUGAGGUUUUGUUCUUGUCCCGAAGCUUCCUGUUAACUGUCCUUUUGGGGCUGACGUCACCUGUGGGUGGCGUGUGAGUGGACUGUGGGGACUGCAGGGCAGGGGCCCCCUCUGCUGCUUGGGGGCUCUGCUUGCUCAGCCAGGCCUCUCCUGGGGGCCACCAAGGGCCGUCUGGCCGAGCUGCACCCAUGCGCCCGUCCCCAUGGGCAGCACACACGCUCAGCCUUUUUUUAAUCCUUGUUCCUUUCCGGCCACCUGUCUCUAGAGCCGGGUCUACGAGCAGCCUUAUGCCUUCAAUGCGCACCUCUCCUUUCUAACGCGUCACCUUCAAUUGUAAUUACAUCUUGAAAAGUCAUUCAAUAAAGAAGGAAAAACCAGGCAUGCUAA